AUGACAACAGCACCCUGGCAGUCCGGCUCGCCGGCAUUCACAGCAGUCACUGCUCGUCGCACACUAACCCGUCCUACUCCAGCGGCCGCACCUCCAGCACCGCCGCAAGCUACCACUGUCAAGAUCGAGUGGCCUCAGCCUGUGCGCGACUACGUCCAGCGCGCCUUUGCCGACAAGAACGACAGCCAUCCAGACGACAUUGAAGACAGUGCCGUCGCCGCAAAGCUGAAAGCCGUCAUUACCCAAGCCGCCGAAGCAAACCAACUUAACAUCAUCGACUGGCCUAGCCAUCCUCUUCCACGAGAACUCCUCCGCAUCGAACGAGCCGCCCUCAUGAGCGCCUCGAAGAAACGCAAGUCCAUGGAUAUGGACUCCACCCCAGACGCCUCGUCGCCCAUACCGCCUUGGAGAGUGAAGAACCUCUCCCUCGCCGACCGCAUCACAAACCCUAGUCCCGACAAGCGCCAGAANAAAGCCGACCAGUUCCGUGCCACUGCCCCUCCCAGUAAGUUGAGCGACCUCGAGAAACGAAGGCAGCGUUUCGCGCUCGGCAACCAAGGUCCCAAUUCUCCUUAUAUCUCUUCUCCUCGUGACGACUCUCCCAUGCCCGACGCCAACGACGGUCCCUGUGUCGGCACUUCUCAAGAGCUCGAGAAGAACUAUUUCCGCCUCACCGCCCCUCCUAAGCCCGAAACUGUUCGUCCCCUUCAUAUCCUCAAGCAAACUCUGGACCUUCUUAUUAGGAAGUGGAAAGAUGAGCACAACUAUGGGUACAUUUGCGAUCAGUUCAAGUCUUUGAGACAGGACCUCACUGUCCAACACAUCAAGAAUGAUUUCACCGUCCGCGUGUACGAGGCUCACGCGCGCAUAGCUCUGGAAAAGGGGGACCUGGCAGACAAGCAGUAUCCCGCCGUCAAGCAUGCCCUGGCAGUGCGUGCCUCUUUGGCUACAGGCAAUUAUCACAGAUUCUUUAGGUUGUUCAACGAAUCUCCAAACAUGGGUGCCUAUCUGAUGGACAUGUUCGUCAACAGAGAAAGAGUGGCUGCCUUGGCCGCCAUCUGCAGAGCGUGA